GUUUUACUGUAUUGUUCACGGAUUCUCUUGCGACGACUCCCCCUCCCCCUCCCCCCCGCUCUCUCUCUCUCAAAGAAUCUCCUCGGUGCCCUUUCUCUCUCUUCUCCUGUCACCGUGUCACGAGCUCCUCACUUUAUACCUGCUAGAAAUAUAUAUAUAUAUAUAUAUAUCUCUCUCUCUCUCUCUCUCUCUCUCUGUGGAUGCUUUCGUAGGAGCGGAGUACAUUCUCGGUUAAACCGAGGAUUAUUUCAACAACAAAUUCAUUCUCCUCGGUGAUGGAUACUGAGGGCAAGCCAUCGCAAUUGGAAGGAAGGAGUGGAUAAGGAAAGAUUCCUCCUCUUCAUUGGAGCCCAAUAGGAGUUUUCCAUGUGAGAAUGUAGAUGCAGUUUGUAUGUACUUACCAUUUCGGCAGCAAAGUUUCCAGGAUUGGUUUCUCCUCUCAGCUCUGCGUUAGUCUUGGGAAGCUUUACUUGAACCAAACUAAUACCUCUGCAAAAUGGACCAGAACGCCUCUGGAGAGGAUAGUGACAACAUUGACUGGGAUACUGAAGAUGAACUAGAAAUUCAAAGUUCUCCCUUACCUUCCAGUUCAAGGUUGACAUAUCCUGAUGGAGAAGCUACUGUAGGUGAUGCAGAGGCGAUCUCAACGACUGAUCUUUCGCACUCCAAGUUGAUUCAUCAUUUCGUUGGAAUGGGGUUUCCUGAGGAACUGGUUGCAAAAGCUAUUGAGGAAAAUGGAGGGGGAAAUUCAGAAUCUAUACUCGAAACUUUACUUACACAUUCAGCUCUUGAAAACUCUCCGCAGCAAGAACAACCUGUCGAUUCUGAUCACUACUCUUCGGACUAUUAUGAGAACUUUGCGGAUGAUCUCUCUGAUUCAGAUAGCUGGUGUGAAGAUGAGGAAAAUACAGAUUCCUUGUCUGGGAAGGAGAAGGCCUUGUCAUUCUUAAAAAAAAUGGGGUACACCAUGGAAGAGGCCUCAAUAGCCAUGGAGAGAUGUGGUCCAGAUGCUUCAGUUGAUGAACUGACCGAUUUUAUAUGUGCUGCUCAAAUGGCAAGGGCGGCAGAUCCCUUUUUUCCAGAACUACCAGAGAAGCCAAAAAGGAAAUUAUUGGAGAAUGGAAUGUGGAAAAGGAAAAAACAUAGGGGGUGUGACAGUAGGACUAUGUUUGAUGAUGGGGAGCCACUCCGACUUCCCAAUCCAAUGAUUGGCUAUGGAGUCCCCACUGAACUGUGUCCAACACCCUAUAGAAACCUCCCGGAGGCAGCUGCUGGCCCUCCCUACUUCUACUACGAAAAUGUGGCACUAGCUCCCAAGGGAGUUUGGGACACGAUCAAGAGGUUCUUGUAUGAUGUGGAACCCGAAUUUGUGGACUCCAAAUACUUUUGUGCAGCAGCAAGGAAAAGAGGGUAUGUCCACAACCUCCCAAUCCAGAACCGAUUCCCGCUUGUUCCGCUCCCUCCUCGCACCAUUAAGGAAGCCUUGCCGUUAACGAGGAGAUGGUGGCCUGCAUGGGACACACGGACUAAACUUAACUGCUUGCAAACUUGCAUUGGCAGUGCAAAACUAACAGAGAGGCUUCGCAAAGCCCUAGAGGACUGCUAUGAUGACGAGCCACCCGCGCAUGUGCAGAAGUAUGUUAUGGAUGAAUGCCGAAAAUGGAAUCUUGUUUGGGUGGGAAGGAACAAGCUUGCGCCUCUCGAGUGCGAUGAAGUAGAGAUGCUUUUGGGUUUCCCCAAGAAUCAUACAAGAGGAGGUGGUAUAAGUAGGACUGAUAGAUACAAGUCACUUGGAAAUUCAUUCCAGGUUGAUACAGUGGCCUAUCACCUCUCUGUAUUGAAGGAUUUAUUCCCGGGAGGCAUCAAUAUGUUGUCGCUUUUUUCGGGUAUUGGCGGUGCUGAAGUUGCUCUUCAUAAGCUUGGCGUCCCUUUGAAAACGGUUGUCUCUGUUGAGAAAUCGGAAGUCAACAGGAAUAUAGUCCGGGGUUGGUGGGAACAAACCAAUCAAAAGGGUACCCUUAUCGACUUUGAUGAUGUAACGCGGGUGGAUGGUGACCAACUCGAGCAGCUUAUUAGUAACAUUGGUGGUUUUGACCUUGUGAUUGGCGGAAGCCCUUGUAACAACCUUGCAGGAAGUAACCGCCACCACAGGGACGGACUGGAGGGUAAGGAAUCCUCCCUUUUUUAUGAUUACUUUCGUAUUCUGGACUUGGUGAAGUGUAUUAUGGCGAAACCGAAUUGAAAGUUAGGAAGAAGGGCCUUUUUUUGCCCGGAUACAUUUGGGCUUAAUUCAAACUUUUAUUUAGGCCUUUUAUGUAGGCAGUGCUCACCUAGUUCCUUCUGUUUCAAUGACAAAUUGGGAACAAGGUUCCAUUUAUUGCAAGAAUUGCUCUUGUGCUUUGAGGAUAAUGCAAAUGUGUAGGCAACCAAAUGCUGUUUGAAUGUGAACAGUGUUGUUCAAGUUCAA